AUGGACGUCGUGCUCCCCGGCUCGACGAAGCUCGGCGGCGUCCUCGAGGACGAGUCCGGCGAGCUCGUCGCCGGCGACGCCUUUGCCGCGGAGCGCGUCCGGGAGGGCGUCUGCGGCAUCGCGCUCGAGGGCGUGCGCCUGGACGCGGCCGUCGCCGCGGGGCCGACGCUCGCGACGCUCCGGGGCCCGCGCACCGUCACCUCCGCGCGGCCCGUCGACGGCGGCGUCGCCAUCACGGGGCUCGACGGCGACGAGGAGACGUGCUGCGCGCGGUCGCUCGGCGCGGGCGACUCCGCGGGCGACCUCGAGGGGCUCUUGGUCGGCGUCGUCGCGGACACGCGCAGGCCGCUCGGCGUCGAGUCCGUGUCCCUCCGGAGGCCCCUCGGCGUCGAGGACGGCGCCCUCAAGGUCAAGCCCGGCUGCACCAAGGUCGCGCUCUACCGCGUCGGCGACCGCGACCGCCGCGAGCGCGCGCUGCUCGCGGCCUUCGCGCCGCGGCGCCGCGCGUUCGCCGAGAAGGGCGCGACGACGCUCGAGUUCGCGGGCACGCCCGUGCCGUCCGAGGUCGCCGCGGCGCUGGGCUCCCACUCCCUCGGCGCGACGUUCCACGCCGCCAUCGCGCCGGACCCCGCCGCCGGCGGCACCGUCGUCCACACGCAGGCCACCGUCGUCGCCUACCUGUCCACGGACGACGACGAGUAG